AUGAAUAAUAAAAUUUUAAUUUUAUUAAUAGUUUUAAUUUAUUUUAUAAAUUUUAUUUAUAGCCAAACGUUUUAUGUGGAAAGUUCAAUGGAACCACCAACUCAAGGUAUACCAAAUAUGGAAUUUUAUUUAUAUAAUAUAGAUAUUGAUAAUCAAGAUAAAACACCAACGAUUACAUUUACAUCAAGUCAAUUGAAAACCUAUGGAAGUCGAAAGAAUGCUACAACUUUUAAUUUUCAAAUUCCAAGAGGGUGUGGCAAAGAUAAUGAUAUAGUGGUUCAGAUAGGCACAGAUUCAUAUCAAAUGAAAAUAUCCUACCAAGCACCAAUCAUUUCAAGUUGUUCAAUAGUGCAAGGUGGUAAUAAUAAUUUAGUGAUGUGUGUUGGUGAUAAUUUCGGAAGCGAUGUAGCAAAUUUGGAUGGCUCAAAAACAAUUAUCAAAUACUCCGAUCAAGUUAUACCAAUAAAAACAUUCAACGAUUCAAGUAUAACCUUUGAAAUUCAAGAUUAUUAUUUUAGUGAUUAUAUAAAUAUUGAUGUUUGUAAUGUAUCGAUUGCAACCAACUAUCUUAUAAACAUUGAUCCAAUUUUUAAAAGUUAUUCACUACCAAUACCAUUACAUAAAUCAAAUGAAAUAGUUGAUAUAAUUGGUAUUCAUUUUUCACCAACUUUAUCAAAUUCUUCAUUAAAUUGUAACAGUAGUAGUAGUAGUAGUAGUAGUGAUGGUAGUAGUACAAAUUUAACACCAAUAAUUUGUAAAUUUGAAAAUUCAUUAAAAUUUUCAUGUAAUUUAUCAAUAGUUAAUAGUAAAAUUAAAGCAUGUAGCAUUUUAGUAAAUAAUAUAAUUCAAGAUACAUUUAAUAUAAUUUAUAGUGAACCAAUCAUUGAAAGAGUAACUUCAAUUUAUUCUUAUGAAAAUGGUAAUAUCACCAUAUAUGGUACAGAUUUUUAUGAACCAAUUCAAUUUGUUAAAAUUGGUAACUUAGAUUGUUUAAAUCCAAAUUUAACUAAUAACCACUACGAUGAUGAUGAUGGUGAUGAUGAUGAUGACGACAAUGACAAAAACUCCAAAUCAUAUAUAACUUGUCAAUUAUUAGCUUUACCAGAUGAUUAUAAUAUAAAUUUCAAUGUAAAUAUUAAUGUAACAGUAAAAUCUGAUGGAUUAAUUGGAAUUUAUCAAUCAUUCCGUUAUUUAGAUAAAAUUAGUCAAGGUAGUGAUAAUCAUGAUCAAGAUGAUAAAUUGAAAUGGAUGAUACCUGUUAUUAUAAUUCCAAUCUUUUUUGGAAUGUUAACAAUUUUCAUACCUUUUAUUUUAUGUAAAAAUAAAUCAACAAUGACUGCUUUCAAUAAUUGUUGUAUGAGAAGGUUUAAAGAUCCAACAAAAUCAAAACGUAAUAGUAAUGGUAUGGUUUCUUCAAAAAUUCCAAAUAAUAAUACUACAAAAUCAAUUUCUGAUGUUAAUAUUCAUGGUAAUUUAGCAAAUUAUGAUGAUUAA